CCUCGAUUUGGGCUCGUUAGAUUUUCGUUUAUGACCUAAUUGAGGAUGUGGUAAGUGCAACAUCACCACUUUGCAUGUCUCUUAUUCUCUGAGCUGGCGUGGAGAGCAUUGUGCAACAAAUAUCUGGGGUUUUCAAAUUUCAAAGUUAUAUUUUCAGAGGAUGUCCCCAUUAUCACUGCUACUGUUAGCGGUGACGUUAUCGUAUUCUAUCCUUGCCCGAAGUCCAGAAGAACGGGAAUUCCUGCACAUAAACACAGCUAGACGUGCUGCCGGCGACGCAAAACGCCCACAGGACACGCGAUGGAAGCAGAACCGUGCAGAUACAGAACUGUUUCAUAGAGUCCUGGUGGUGAGCCAGGUCAAUGAGAGGUCCAGGCACAGGCGGGCUGUCAAGAGAAACAGCCAGUGGGUUGACAAGGUUGUGCCUUACGUUUUCUCAGAAGAAGUCAGUGAUGUGCUGAGAAAGAUGUUUCGGGAAUUCAUGGAUUAUGCGGAGAAGAAUACCUGUAUCAGAUUUUGGGACAAGGGGAAUGCUUCAACAUCUCAUGCCACAAGUCCCUAUGGGCCACUGAAUACCACGUCCUUCGUGACCAUUGUUACCCGACCAGCGUGUUAUUCUAUCGUGGGAGGUUCCGGCUCUGGCACCAUGUCGCCAUGUCCAAGAAGGCUGGACUAUACCCACGAGUUCGGACAUCUGUUGGGGAAGAUUCAUGAUCUGGCUCUUCCUGAAAGGAUCAACUUCAUUGACCCGAACAUAGAAAACGCUGGACCGUAUUACUGGAACACCCAGGAACAGAUGCCGCUAGGUGACAUGGACAACAUCAUGUCAUGUGGCUUCUCGAGCCAGUCAAUCAUGCUGUAUAAUCAAUAUCUCGUGACUAAAUAUGGUUGGCCCACCUACACUUUCUUGUACGACGACUUGGGUGGACCGACUCUCGACAGUAUUUUCAUGUAUUUCAAGGAAAUCAACAUCAUCCAACGCUGCUGUGGUGACACAGAUUGUGUGAGUCGGGUCUGCGCCAAUGAAGGGUACCAAGGAAUGGUUGACGGGAAGUGUCAGUGCGUAUGCCCAAUCGGGUUUGACCCCGCUACCAACUGCACCACCGUCCUCUCAAAAGGUUGUGGGGGCGUGUACGAACUGAGCCCCGCCCUGACGAGUGUGACAGUAACCUCCCCUGGCUACCCUGGGAAAUAUGGCGUCAACGCUCAGUGUGACUGGGCCUUCAAGGCGGCCGAGGGCUCGCAGAUUGUACUGACGUUCAGUAACGUUGACAUCGGCUGUGGUGCAACGCUCAGUCUCGGAAGAUACAUGUUCUCUGAUCCCCCGAUACGGAUUACCAAAACUGGCAAGGUGAAGCCGUACCUGAGCAUAAACAACAAGGCAUUGGUCAAGUUUUCAUCCGGGAACACCUCUUGCAACUGGAACGGUUUCAAACUCACUGCCAAACUUGCACCUGCGGAUGAUUUGCCAUAUGAUCUCGCGAGUAAAGGCGAGAGCUACCACGGGAGGAUGAACUACGCGCUGGGGUUUGAGAAGUGUCUGCCGUGGAGCCAGGGAUAUGGCCUGGCCAACAACUUGUAUAACAUCGUGCACUCAACAAGUUUAGACUACUGUGACUUUGAAGGAGAUUUCUGUCGCAACUGUGGACAGAAGCGAUCCAAGCCUUAUUGCAUGACGGCCAUCUUUGAACGUAACGUCACUUUCAAGUAUUGCGACGUUGCUCAAUCAGUCCCUCCCUACGACCUCCUCGAUGAUUGUUCCUCAUCCCUCCAUCUGGACCCCGGAUGUCAGGAUUAUGAGACGCGGCGGGUUUGCUUCAAGUCGUGCAUGGAUCGGGGAAAGAUACAGGACUACCCUGAAAAGGAAACGCCAGCUAUUCACGUUUCAUGUGGCGAGCCAGUCAUUUUAAAUGACGUCAUCAAGGCGUCCACCGACAGCGCCCCCUACCGAGUGGGACAGAAGAUAACGCUUAAAUGCAAAAUUGGGAAUCUGCAGAGGAAGAUAAUGUGUCGGUCAGACGGCACGUGGUCAACCUUGACCAAUUUUUGUUCCGGUUGUCCGGGUGGAUUCGUCAAGGUGAAGGACCACUGCUACAGUUGGUUGCCAAGCGCAAUAAAGGGGCAGGACGCCUUCUCUCACUGUAACGCUCUGGUCCCAGGGUUCAGCGCGCCAGUGUGGAUAGAGACGUGGGAUGAGUUUGAGAACGUCAUCCUCCCCCUGAGGAACAACAACUCCAAAAUACCGGUGUCCGGCAAGGUGUGGAUCGGCAUGAAAUAUACCCAGAAUACCUGGGUUUGGGAGUACAACGGUCAGCGGGUGUCCACGUCAUCAUUUGCCGCCGAGAUGUGGAAGAACAGAAAUGCUAACGGCAUCCCAGGAACAAACGACGUCGAUGUGGCGGUACUCCUGCCUGAAAACAACAAUAACAAAAACAGACUGGCCAGAGCGCGUAAAGACAACUUCAGUGCCUGGGCCCUAUGUAAAGUAGACUUCAGAAAAAUGAAUGGCUCCGAUUCCUGCGGUGACCGGAAGAACAACUGUCAAGAGAGCCUUGCGCUGAAUCCCCGGUUUGCGCAGGAACGGAAGCACUAUGCGGAGAUAUACUGUCCCUACACCGCGGGCUUGUGCAACACCAGUUAUUGCUGCGUCCCGAAACCGUGCUGUUCCAAUACAACUAUAGAUAGAAUCCUAUUAAAAACCGGCGAGUUUGUAACUUACAGCUGUAACAAUGGCAGCCUGCGUGUUUCUGGAAACCAGUACAGGGCGUGUCGCCCAAACGGAACGCUGACUGGGACUGAGCUGGUUUGUGCACCCAUACAAAGCGUUGACACCUACCUGAAUAACUUCCACGUGACCGACACCCGAUCCGCCACCCCCGGGGCGACGUCACUGGCCGGCCCCUCCCCCUACUUCUCCGCGGACCGGUCAGCCAAGCUGCAGUCCUGCCGGGCCUACUGCAGGAAGGAUGGGGAUAUCUUUAUACAGUUCUGGAGACGAGUAAACAGCGGCGCACCCCGCGACUUCACCCUCGUCGGUAGCAACGUCGUGACGUGCAUCGGGGGCCGUGCUGUUACGUGGACAUUCGACUCCUAUCACAGGUUCGAUCUUCAGAGGGGGGACUUUCUGGGCCUGCUGGACCGUCGAGGUGGGACGGUGGCGAUGCAGACGUGCAAGGGGACAAAGACGUUGGCGGUGAACCUCGUGAUGAGGUCGUACAGCUUCAUCAACAGUUUGCCAAUACCCGGAAGCACGUAUACGUUUAGCGCCAGUGUGGACUGCUGGAACUAUAUGGUCGACUGUGUCAUAGGGCCUAAUUGAGUGUCGACUACGUCAGGAUUGGCGCCACUAUGCACGCCACCUGGUGGUGGGUGACACGCAACAAAGGACCAAUGUUGGAGCUUCACGUGCAUCAUUGAAAUAUACAGUAAACUACGGUUAUAACGAACUCAAAGGGACUACUAAUUUUAGUUCGUUAUAACCGUAGUUCGUUAUAAGCAUAUAUACAGCAUAAAUACAGCAAAUAGUCGGGACCAAAAAGUAAGUUCGUUAUAUCCGUCAGUUCGUUAUAAGCGUGUUCGUUAUAACCGUAGUUUACUGUAUUUGAAAAAUAUGAAGAAAGAAACAUCAGAGGCGCUUCCAUGUGAUUGGUGUUCCGAAUGAAUAAACGUUUUAAAUAAGUGA